UUAAAAACAUGCAAAUCAUGCAGUUUGUUGCGUUAUUUUGACGGUUGUUACCAGUUGUUACAAUUCUAUUUAUUUCAAAAAUGACGUUUUUCGAAUUUUUUCAAAAAUUUCUUGGUGUAAAACGUAAUGAGCCUAGUACAAGCAGAUUUGGCAAUUAUGAUUCACAUCAAGAAAAUUUUCGAAAUCCAAUUUGGCAGAGCGAUGAAGAUGAUGAUGACGAUGAUAUAGUUAACUUUUGGCAUCCUGAGAACUCGCGCAGUUUUCAGUUCAACAUUGAUAGUAAUCCACUCGAAAUGAUGUCUUACUUUGAAUCCCAGAUAGAUAAUAUGUUGAACAAUUUUUUUAAUUUUAACAAUACUUUUUUUGGUGAUAAAGCCAUUACAACAUUACCAUUUGCUACAACUGAGAAGAAUGACAAUUUACGGAACAGAAUGCUGAAAACGGAGCCUGAUACAUUUGUCAUCGCAGAUGUACCAAUCGAAGACAAAGUAGACACAGAUUUAGAUGGAAGGGGGACUGUAGAAUUUUCAAAAAUGUGGAAUAAAGAAAAUAUGGAAAUAACAAAACCUUUUGUACCAAAUAAUUUUUCAUUUUCUGGAAGAUCUGUUCGAAAGGAGAUUAUACGUAGAGCUGAUGGAGCUAUCGAGAAAAAGCAAAUAAUCAGAGAUAGUGAAGGCAAUGAGGAGACAAUUAUUUCAAAGGAAGCAAACAACAAAACCUAUGUUGUUACUGUAAAAAAAGAUAAAAAUGGCGUUGAAACAAGAUCUGAGGAUAUAUUUAACAUGGAUGAAAGUGAACUGAACAAUUUUAACGAAAAGUGGAAAUCUACAAAAGAUAACAUAGAUGGCCACAACUCGACUUUUCAUCAUUUUUCAUGGGAAAAAUUUUUUGGCCCUAAUCCAAAACUAUAGCAAGAAAUAGAUGAAAAGUUAUAGUCAUUGUUCCUAAUAUAGAUUUAAUAUAUCUUCUGUAAUAUG